GCGGCGGCGGGCGGAGGAGGAGGAGGCGGCGGGAUGGAGGGGCUCAUCCCGCUCGUUAACCGGCUGCAGGAUGCCUUCGCGGCGCUGGGCCAGAACUGCCUGCUCGACCUGCCGCAGAUCGCGGUGGUGGGCGGGCAGAGCGCCGGCAAGAGCUCCGUGCUGGAGAACUGCGUCUCCAGGGAUUUUCUUCCACGAGGUUCUGGAAUUGUGACAAGACGACCAUUGGUCCUGCAACUCAUCACUGCCAAAACAGAGUAUGCUGAAUUUCUACACUGCAAAGGGAAGAAAUUUACUGAUUUUGAUGAAGUUCGUCAGGAAAUUGAAGUAGAAACAGACAGAGUAACAGGAAUGAACAAAGGCAUUUCUUCAGUUCCCAUUAAUUUAAGAAUAUAUUCUCCACAUGUCUUAAGCCUGACCCUUAUCGAUUUGCCGGGAAUCACUAAAGUGCCAGUGGGGGAUCAGCCUCCGGACAUUGAGCAGCAGAUCAGAGACAUGAUCAUGCAGUUCAUCUCACGAGAGAACUGCCUCAUCCUGGCUGUCACUCCGGCUAACACUGACCUGGCCAACUCAGAUGCCCUGAAGCUGGCAAAGGAAGUGGACCCUCAGGGCCUUAGGACCAUUGGUGUGAUCACAAAAUUGGAUCUGAUGGAUGAAGGAACAGAUGCAAGAGAAGUUCUAGAAAACAAACUCCUCCCUCUUCGUAGAGGUUAUAUUGGUGUUGUAAACAGAAGCCAGAAAGACAUUGAUGGGAAAAAGGACAUAAAGGCAGCUCUUCUAGCAGAAAGGAAAUUCUUUCUUUCCCACCCAUCCUACAGGCACAUGGCAGAUCGGAUGGGAACACCAUAUCUCCAGAAAGUUCUAAACCAGCAACUUACCAAUCAUAUUCGGGAUACCCUGCCAGCCUUCAGAAGCAAACUCCAGAGCCAGCUGCUUUCUAUAGAACAUGAAGUAGAGGUAUACAAAAACUUCAGACCAGAAGAUCCCACCAGAAAAACAAAAGCCCUGUUGCAGAUGGUACAACAGUUUUCAGUGGACUUUGAGAAAAGAAUUGAAGGAUCAGGAGAUCAAGUUGAUACUCUAGAACUUUCAGGAGGUGCCAAAAUCAAUCGUAUCUUCCAUGAACGUUUUCCCUUUGAACUCGUGAAGAUGGAGUUCAACGAGAAGGAGCUGCGGAGGGAGAUAAGUUACGCCAUCAAGAACAUACACGGGAUCAGAACAGGUUUGUUCACUCCAGAUAUGGCGUUUGAAGCCAUUGUUAAAAAACAGAUAGUUAAGCUGAAAGGACCUUGCUUAAAAAGUGUGGAUCUGGUGAUGCAAGAGUUAAUCAACACUGUCAAGAAGUGCACUAAAAAGUUGGCAACAUAUCCAAGGUUAUGUGAGGAAACAGAAAGAAUUGUUGCUGGCUACAUUCGUGAAAGAGAAGAGAAGACCAAGGAUCAGAUGCUGCUGCUCAUUGAUAUCCAGGUUUCUUAUAUCAACACCAACCAUGAAGACUUCAUUGGCUUUGCAAAUGCCCAACAAAGAAGCAGUCAGGUUAACAAAAGUGCAGUGGGAAAUCAGGUCAUCCGGAAAGGCUGGCUCACCAUCAACAACAUUGGCAUCAUGAAGGGAGGAUCCAAGGAGUACUGGUUCGUUCUGACUGCGGAGAGCCUGUCCUGGUAUAAAGAUGAUGAGGAAAAAGAGAAGAAGUAUAUGCUGCCUUUGGACAACUUGAAAGUGCGAGAUGUUGAAAAGAGCUUCAUGUCCAGCAAACACAUCUUUGCUUUGUUUAACACAGAGCAGAGGAAUGUUUACAAGGAUUACCGUUUCCUUGAGCUAGCCUGUGACUCCCAAGAGGAGGUGGAUAGCUGGAAGGCAUCUCUGCUACGAGCCGGUGUCUAUCCUGAUAAAUCCUCAACUGAAACUGAAGAGAAUGGCCAAGCAGAUAAUUUUUCAAUGGACCCCCAGCUGGAAAGACAGGUGGAGACAAUUCGAAAUCUUGUGGACUCCUACAUGUCUAUUAUUAACAAAUGUAUCCGAGAUUUGAUACCGAAAACAAUCAUGCACCUCAUGAUCAAUAAUGUAAAAGAAUUUAUCAACGCAGAGCUGCUGGCUCACCUGUACUCUUCUGAGGACCAGAACACGCUGAUGGAGGAGUCAGCGGAGCAGGCGCAGCGGCGGGACGAGACCCUGCGCAUGUACCAGGCGCUGAAGGAGGCGCUGGCCAUCAUCGGGGACAUCAGCACCAGCACUGUCUCCACCCCGGCUCCCCCUCCUGUGGACGACUCGUGGCUUCAGCAGGCACGGAGAUCACCUCCUCCAAGUCCUUCCACUCCGAGGAGACCGACACUAACCAACCCCCCAACCAGGCCUUUGUCUGGCCGAGGCCCCGCUCCUGCCAUCCCCUCUCCAGGCCCGCAGUCGGGGGCUCCCCCCGUGCCGUUCCGCCCGGGCCCGCUGCCUCCGUUUCCCAGUGCUGAAGCCCAUGGAGGACCUCCCCAGGUCCCGUCCCGGCCCAGCCGGGCUCCUCCCAGCGUGCCCAGUCGAAGACCACCCCCUUCACCUACUCGGCCCACUGUAAUCCGUCCGUUAGAUUCAUCCCUGUUAGACUAAAGGAUUUCUGGCAUGUCAUUCAUUGUUAACCAAAUAUGUGGAAACAAAUUGCUUGGUAACUGUCAC